AGCACCUCGGCCCCUCCCCAUUCCCCCUCCAGCCCUGUGAUGCAAACACGUCUACGCAGCCUGAAGUCACCAACGCGGAAACGGUUGUCAGCCUGAGUGUUCCAUAGGCAGAAUCAACACUGUGCCUCCCCGCUGCCUGCAUUGUGGCCGGGCUGCUGCUUCCCUGAGGCCCCGGUACAGCUGCACCCAUGGGUGGCACUGACAGCGGGCCGGUUUAGUGAUGCGCUGCCACUGCUGAAAGACUCAAUUUAAAAAUCCCAACUGAGAUUCCAUGCAAAGGGACCUAUGAAUCAGAAUGGUGUUGGGGUAAUGCAGAUUGCUCCACGUUUAGAUCCCCUUUUGGUGCAUAGUGCAAUAGGUGCCUUGGAUGGGCAGGAGGCAGUAGAACUGAAAGGAUCUGAUACAAACCCAUUGGAAACCAUGGAUCUGAAAUUUGGCAACUCAAGAAAAUACAUAUCCAUCAGCAUCCCUUCGAAAUCAGACACAAUGUCACCACAUAUUAAAUCUGUAGAUGAUAUCCGGGUGCUUGGAAUCAAUCUCAGCCAGUUUCAAAAGAGUGUUCAAUUUUUUAUUUGUGUUACCGGUGUUUUUGUGUUUUAUUUAAUAUAUGGAUAUUUACAGGAGCUGAUCUUUUCAGUGGAAGGAUUUAAACCCUUUGGCUGGUACUUGACAUUAGUGCAAUUUGGAUAUUACUCUGCCUUUGGAUUAGUAGAACUGCAGCUGACCCAGGAUAAACGAAGAAGAAUACCUGCAAAAACCUACAUGAUUAUAGCUUUCCUAACAGUGGCUACAAUGGGUCUGUCAAACACUUCCCUGGGAUAUCUGAAUUAUCCUACUCAGGUUAUUUUUAAAUGCUGUAAACUGAUCCCUGUCAUGAUUGGAGGGAUAUUUAUUCAAGGAAAGCGCUAUAAUGUUGCAGAUGUGGCUGCAGCUGUCUGCAUGAGUGUUGGUCUUAUAUGGUUUACACUAGCUGAUAGUACAGUUGCACCCAAUUUCAACUUAACAGGUGUAUUGCUAAUAUCGCUGGCUCUUUGUGCUGAUGCUGUCAUUGGAAAUGUUCAAGAAAAGGCAAUGAAAUUACACAAUGGAUCCAAUUCAGAAAUGGUCCUGUACUCCUAUUCUAUAGGAUUUGUUUACAUUUUGCUGGGAUUGAGCAUUACUAGCGGACUUGGUUCUGCAGUAGCAUUCUGCGCUAAGCAUCCAUUCCAGACUUACGGAUAUGCAUUCUUUUUCUCUUUAACUGGCUAUUUUGGAAUCUCCUUUGUACUUGCUUUGAUUAAGAUUUUUGGUGCUCUGAUUGCAGUCACAGUAACCACUGGAAGAAAAGCUAUGACAAUUGUUCUCUCCUUCUUGUUUUUUGCUAAGCCCUUCACUUUUCAGUAUGUGUGGUCUGGACUGUUGGUUGUGCUUGGAAUAUUUUUAAAUGUCUACAGCAAGAACAUGGAUAAGAUGAAACUUUCCCAAAUUCUCAGCCUUCUGAAGAAAGGCCCUGAAGGAAAAAUAAGGACGUUCUCACAGACUGUAUAAAUAUUUUGGGUUUUAUAUAUUUUUUUUCAAGCUUCUUUUUAAUAUUAUUAUUAAAACAAUCAUUAAAUGAUUAUAUUUUUCCAAAGGGAAUAUGGAUAAUCUAUAGAGAUGGUGAAGGCACAUUGCCUGAUUGUUACUGCUAAGGGGCACAAACUGUUCUUUUAGAGCAUAAGGAGCCAUUCUACCCCUUCUCUGAUUUUGGACAGUUUGCUUAUUGUGAUAUCAUGUGGACUUCUAUACUUUGGGCUUGUGUCCUCUCUGUGUAGAGGUACACACAGAAGGGACCAUUACAUUUUAUUACAUUUUUUUAAUGAUUUUAAUUCACCCAAAGUUUAACAUCAUUGUUUUGAGACCAAUUUUGGCUGUAUAUUUUGAAUUGAGAAAUUGUAUUAAGAUGUAUUAAAUUGUAUUACUUAAAGUAAAUCCAACAGGCGCUGUAUGUAAGUUUGCAUCAUAUUUGUUUUACAAAGAAACCCCACUCUACCAACUGCAAUCAAAUCAUGGAUAGGAUUUUUUUUUCCAAACACUCUACAUGCUGGCAUUCAUUUUUUUGUGCUGAGACCUAACUGUACAUGGAGGAAGAUUGGUAAUACUAUAAAAAUAUAUCUAAUGAAAGCUAUGAUGUCUUAAACGGUGGUUCACCUUUAAAUUAACUGUUGUUUAAUGUAGAAAGUAAUAUUCUGAGGCAAUUUGCAAUUGGUUUUCAUUUUUUUUUUUUUUUUUUUGCUGUUUCUAAAUUAUAUUGCUUUUUGUUUAGCAGCUUUCCAUUGUAGAUUUUUUAGCAGCUAUCUAGUUGCUAGGGUACAGUUUUCCUGGAAAUAAGGUAGUGGAGAGACUGGAAGAUGAAUAGGAGAGGCCUGAAUAAAAAGAUAAGUAAUACAAAGUAGCAAUAAAAAAUGAAGACCAGCUGAAAAGUUGCUAAGAAAAGGGCAUUCUAAAACAUAUAACAAGUUAACUCAAGGUGAACAAUCCAAUUAAAGGUGGUUGUGGCUCAGUUAAAAUCCCUUGCUCCCAGCCCUGUCGCUGUAUCCUCUGACCUGGGAUAUGGUCAAGUAUUUUAGCAGGCACAGGCUAAAUAUAACUAAAUAUGUAAUACAGAUGCAGCAGCUUGUAGCAAGGGUUUUUACAGUGGUUUCUCUCUAUUGAUGUUGCUCCAUCUGUGAAUCUGACUUUAAACAUACAGGGAUGAUUCAAAAAAACAAUGGGCAAAACAAUCAAGUCACUGAUUGGUUACUACGGACUUCUGGCCAGUGUUUAUGAAAUGAGUACUGUUGUUAGCAAUGCAGUGGGAUGUUUAAUGAUGUAAUCUGGUUACAGGUGAUAGUAAAGCGAAUGACCAGACUUCAA